CGAUAAAUGGUUUGCACUGCACUCUGUUCAGAGCUAGCAAUGAGGGUUGCAAUUGGUCAAGGAUUCGCGGUAUGACACUCAUUUAGGGAAGUGGGAUUAUGUUCAUGACAACCAGCCUAGUGUUGCUGUUUAACUGGAAUCAGACAACUCAAUCGUUCACACUCACCAUUGGUCGGCGAGUCUGAACUGUCGGCGUUUGGGGAUUGAGAUCAUGUCGCACAGUAUUGGCAUGUACUACGGCAGCUGGAUACGAUCUCGGAAGACAAAUACCUUCCCAUCUCCCUGAUUCCCCAGGGUCCUGGCAUCGCGACUACAUUUGCUCAAUUUCGUACUCAACAGUCAAGCAUUUCAGUAUGUCAGAGCUAGAAGAUAGAUUCGUACGACGAGGUCUCUGGACCAACAUCGACAAAGGCCCCGUGAUGGGUAGGACUAUCACGACAGAUACUCGAUCUGGAACAUUUAUAAUCGCCCUCUUGGCCGUGUUCACGACCCUGGGAAUGACACAUCUCUUCCAUCUUUCAACGUUCAUCUACCACCAAGUACGAGCCAAUGGGAAACCUUUGGAUGGCUUAUUUCGACAACAACAAGCCUUACUGCGCACGUUACCUGGACCAGGAUCGCUCGUAACUGAUUCAAUAAAAUUAUGGUUUUCAUGGAGGCACAAGUCCAAGAGACCUUUGCUUCGAAGCCUUCCCCAAGCCUCACUGGCUUUCACCUUUGCCAUGGCCUCUUUGGCAGCCUCCAUAUUCUCUUCGUAUGUGGUGUCAACAACAGAUCUCGACGUCCUGAUAGAAAGCUCCUCAUGUGGAUAUCUGGACUUGAUUCAAGGCGAUCAAUGGGGUGGCUCUCGCCAGAUAGCAUACACCGAUUCUGUAUUUGGGUUAGCAGAACAAUACGUUGAGGACUGUUAUACCAACAAAUCGUCCUUGCCAGUCAGGUGCAAAAACCUUGCACGACCUCGCAUUGACUUUACGACCGAGAUAGUCCCCUGCCCUUUUCAUGAUGACUUCUGCGCUUCACCAGCAGUUGCUUUCGAUUCAGGGCUAUUUGACCUGAGUACCGCCUAUGGACUCAACCUUAAGGACGAAGAUGGCGUGAAGCAUCGCAAGCGGACGACAUGCGCUACCUUACCCACCGAAGGCCGCAUCGAACGUAGGAAUAUCAGUGGCGGGGACGUGCAACUCGCCGCUCGGCCUCCGUUUCCAGGCGAAGAGUAUCUACGGUACAUGUACGGCACCACGAGUUUUGAUACCGGCGGUCGGAAGAACAUGACAUUUGGGUUGAGCCUGGUUGAAUCAAAUGUCACAAAUACAUUUUUACUAACGACGAUAAUGCACUUAGCAAUGCUGGGCAAGGAAUCGCCUUUCCAGACUCUUCCUGAGAUGAGUCGUCCUAAGGAUGACGUUUUGGUAGCAUUGGUAGCCAAGAAUUCGGUGCGAUACGGACAGCCUGUUGAUGAUCCUUUAUUCGCAGCGCAUAAGCCCAUCGUUCACUACGAUUUAGGCACUGCAGAGAAUGUAACAUGGUACUACUCCGACGUGCCAGCCACUGCUCUUGGGUGCGUGGUACAGCGUCAAUGGUGCAUCAAGGAUGGAAAAAACGGCGACCAGUGCACAGAGCUCGCUGGGUUUCCAGAAUCUCCUGUCAUCCCAGAACUGAAGAACGCAAGCGAUGUUCAGAAGAGCAUUUUGAAAGUCUCACUUGUUGCAAGUAUCCUAUUCGAUUACACUAACAAAGGUGGUGGUUUGAAGGCUUCGGACUAUGUAGACACCGGAGGUCGAGUCAUGAGCCACCCAGACAAUCUCUGGCUGCGCGAACUCUCCACUUGGGAGUCACACACCUGGGCAGCUAGCCAGAUCGUUUUCGCAGAUUACGCAAUGGGGCCUAAGAAUAGGAACUCCAUGGCUAAAUCGGUGGAGCCGAAGACACCAGGCGAAAAGCAAUUGUGCGGAAGUUUGAAGGUACAUAAACCAGGCGGAUUCGUUAAUAUCAACUACUUCGGCCUAGUGUUUAUUUUGACGAUAGCGACCUUCGUUACUGUAGUGGAUCUAGUACUCCUACGGCUACUAAUUGUCCUGAAGUCAUUCAGACCCGCUGCUAUCUCAGCACGUAUCGACCGAUGGCUUCAAGACGGUGUAUGGCAGUUGCAGCGCCACGCUUAUGAGGGUCACGGACAGGGUGAUUGGGAACAUCUUGAAAAGGAAGUGCCAGUCACAGCUUUAGAGACUGCGCUCAGUGACCUUCCUAUCGGGUCCUCCCACACGCCUAAUAUGGUAAUGUCACCAGUUUCGCCAAUAUCGCCUAUGUCCACUAAAAAGGACGGUGGAAAUACAACAACCCUGGGGACUUCGAUGAGAUCUGGCAGCACCAACAGCUCGACCAUCGGCAGCCAUCCACCGCACCAUGGCGAGGUUGUCCAGCCAUCAGCUACCGCUACUGUUCCUAGAUCGAGAUAA